AGGCGAAAGGAUGGGACAUAAUUUAUCCGGGAUGAUUCGAUCAUUUCUUCUUAUUUUAGCGUUGUCUACGUGCUAUCUCACGGCUGCUCCACCUGAUCUGCAAGCAAGAGUUGAACUACUUGAGAAAAACUAUGUCGAAAUUAAAGAACAUUUGGACGCCAAAAUUAUUGAUUUGGAGACGAAAGUCGGUCAACUGGAAGCGAAAAUUGAAAAACAGGAUUCACUUUUGGCUGUUCUCGAAAAAGGACAUGAGCCUUUGAAAGAUAAUGUCGCCAUCAAUCGACCCCGUCGUCAGAUCGCAACUCGUCGUACUUGCCAGGAAAUCAUGGACACAAAUACGUCGUACCCCUCCGGUAUGUACUGGAUCGAUCCAGACGGACAAGGCAUCGGUGAUCCACCAAUCCGCGUCCAUUGCGACAUGCAGGUAGCCGAGGCGAAUGGUGAUAACUGGAAGUGGGAUCCUGUCAAAGGCACAACAUCCAUUUUGCAUGACAGUGAAUCAAAAAUGGACAUUGGAAAUUGCACAGAACCUGGAUGUUACUCGAGGCAAAUCAAAUAUUACGCAAGCGAUAGUCAAAUCCGAGCGUUGAUUCAAUUGUCCAAAAACUGCGCUUUAAAACUUAAGUACGAUUGCAGAAAUUCGCCGUUAAACUACAACGGGACCGCCUAUGCUUGGUAUAACGACAAAGAUGGCAAAAGGGAAACGUUUUCCGGCAGCCCCUGCGACAACCUCGAUGACGAAAAAUAUUAUCGGUUGCAUUCGAUAUACAAUCGUGAUCAGCUGCCUGUUACGCGCCUCCAUUUUAGCAAUCCGUUAAAGGGCUCCUUCCAGUACAAAGUGACGCCGUUACGAUGUCAUGGAAAGGCAAAAACGGAGGCAAAAACGGAGACAAAAACGGAGGCAGAAACGGAGAUGAAAACGGAGGCAGAAACGGAGGCAAUGCCGAGAUCGUGCGAAGAUUUGCGGCAGAUGGGACACACUCUCAACGGAAUCUACUCAGUCAGGGGAGACAAACAAAUAGAAACUGUUUUCUGCCAAUUUGAUAAACGAUAUGUUGAACGAGGUUAUCAAACAUGGAUCGGAUACGUCGAUGUCAAAUCUUUGCCGACAUAUUUCAACGUUAAUAGGUUUAACAGUUUCAACUCAACGGGCGUUGCUAUACCAUUUGAUGUUGAAUCGGUUAACGUCGGCAAUGCCAUGAAUUUAAAAACGGGAAUAUUCACGGCACCACGGGAUGGCACUUAUUUCUUCUCCUUUAACGGAUUGGGCGUUGUUGACCCUACCAAAGAACGGGGUUACGUCAUACUAAAUCUGUAUUUGAACGCAAAACAAGCUGGUAGAACUUUUCAAGAGGAGUGGGACACCACCAGAAGCAUCUUUCGUCCACUGAUAAUUCAAUCAACGUUGAAAUUGAAAGCCAACGAUCGAGUUUGGUUGGAGAUUCUUAACGGGGCAACUUCGGGCUAUCUUUAUGAUGAUGGAUUUUCAUAUACUCGCUUUACAGGUUUCAUGUUGGACGAGGAAUUUGCAAUGCCUAAGUGAUGAACUUGUUUCGUAUUUGUAUUAAUGUGGUUUUAUUUUUUUUUUACGAGUGUAGGAAACUUUGCUUAAGGCUUUCACCUCUCCGGGAAAAAUCAGAUGUUUGCCAUCAUGAAAUAAAGGGCGUAGAUGUUCGCUUUUCAAUGUGAAA